AUGUACAAUUCAACCGAUGACGAAUUAUUGCAAAUCGACGAUUGUAUUGAUACCUGGUCAACAAGAAUGGCAAGUGCAAGCGAUUUUCAACGUUUACACAAUGCUCUAUCAACUAAUCUAAAAAAGAUUAGUGAUAAUGUUACGGAUCUUGAAAAACUUGUCCAAAAAUUAGGUACACCAGAAGAUAGUGAACCAUUACGUGAACGCUAUCAUCGUCUUCAAAAUGAAACAAAAAAUAUAAUGCAACAAACAAAUGAUGCACUUCAAGAACUUAAUAAUACUCGUGUAUUAACAGAAGCUGAUCAGAGACGUAAAAAAACGUUAACUGACUCUUUACCAAAACAAUAUUUAGCAACGUUAAAUCGUUUUCAAGAAGCACAACGUCUUGGUGCACGAAAAGAAAAAGAAAGUCUUGAUCGUGCACGAGCUAUCUCAUUUCAUCAACAUGGAAUAUCAGAUUCACCAUUCGGUGAUGAUUUUGUUUCUGGUCCAACACAUGAUCAAUUUCAAAGACAAGCUGUUUUACCUAUUGAACAAGAAGUCGAUAUGAGAGCAUUAAGAGAACGUGAUGAACAAUUACGUGAACUUGAGACGAACAUUGUUGAAGUUAAUGAAUUAUUUAAAGAUGUUGCUAAACUUGUCCAUGAUCAAGGCGCUGUUAUAGACUCUAUUGAUGAACAUAUAAUCAAUACGGAAGUAAAUGUAACACAUGGCAAUCAACAUUUAACAAAAGCUAUGACUUAUCAGACUUCUGCUCGACGACUUAAUUUUGCAAUGAUAGAACCAAAUAGCAAUGAUAAUCUAGAUCAAUCCAUUCUUGAUAUUGAUAAAGUAAGAAUAUUACCUAUGUCACAUAAAUAUAAUCGAUCAAGUAUACAUGCUGGUCUACUUAUUUAUUCUGUUGAUGGUGAAACAGAUUUUAUUUUAAAUGAUCCAAUAUUUCGUAUUAAAACAGGUGAUAUACUUAUACAUCAAAUUCAUCAUGUGUUUUCUGGACCAAAUGAAAUCGAUGUUUAUCGUGAUUUAAUAAGAACAUUAUUUGGUACACAUCGUAUAAAUCUUAUCGGUUUAGUAUUUACAUUUAGUGGUAAUGGACAAUUUACUAAUUGUAUGAGAUGGGGACCAAUGCCACUUCAACAUACAACACCAAUACAUGUAAUUGAACAAAAAUUACUUGAAAUGGUACUUGUUACACUUUAUAUAAAUCAUGCAUGGUUAUCAAUGCCAAUUGCAUCACAUAUUGAUAUGGAAACAUUAUCUGAAUCAAGUAAAAAACAAUAUCUUUUAAAAUUAGCUGAAAUAGAAAAAUUAUUUCAUAAACGACGACAACAACGAGAAAAACAUCGUUAUUUACAAUUACCAACCUUGUUAAAAUUAAUUCAUUGUCAUUCAUCAGAUAGUUUUCGAUCAUUUCAAUGGACACCAAAUAGACAACAAGUGUUUGAUGAUACAAUACAAAGUUUACUUGAUGAAUUCUAUAAUCUUAUUUUACAAACAUUUGAAGAAGGAGAAUUCGAUAGUGAUAAAUAUACUUAUUAUGAUGAUAGCACACAAUGA